UCCACUUGGUUUAUAGUCACUUUGGACUACACCACUGAGGUGUAUGUGUUAAUACACCUCAAUGGACUACACCGAAAUUCGAUUGAAUUUCGUCUCGCACCAAUGCGCAACACAAAGUUAAAGUGAAUAUAUAAUUGACCGAUCGCACUUAAAACAAACGUGGGUUUUCGUUUACCGAGGUAUAUUUAAUCAUAGUUAACUAUGAUUACGCGGCGAAGGUUUGCGAACUUUUGCAAGAUAGGGCAGUUCGCGAGAAUUAUGUUUAAUACAAAUGUGCGAAUAUAACGUUGUAUGGUCCAUUGUCGAUCGCUUCAAUUUCCCCUUAUUCCAACUUCAAACGAUUUCCCACAACUCGCAUUGAGCUCCGUGUUUUGCGAUAAAAGUCAUGUAUUUCAAAAUAUUUCCCUCUGACAGAACCGUUUCUUCAGGCCAUCCAACAACGUCGGACCAUCGGACUGGGCCGAAGUCUGAUUUACCGAAUGAUGAUCUUCUCGCAUCAAUGCGUAACACAGAGCAGAGUUAAAGUGAAUAUAUAUUUGAUCGUUCGCUUCGCAUUUAUAACAAACGUAUCAGAUCUAGCACAGUGUAUAAAUUCGUGCUCUUGACUGGUUUUCUUUGUCGAGGUAGAAUUAUUUACUCUAACAACAGAUAAAUGACUUCCUAUUGUCCACUUACAGUCUGCAUUUAGUGUUAGGUUUGACAUUCGAAAAUUGGUCAUAUUAUAUAUUUUCUGGGAAAUGCAUUUUAGGUAUUACCUAGGGUUUUUAGAUAGAAAGAUACAGUCAUGUUGUAAUAAUAAGCAAAGCUGCUGCUGUCUUUCGUUGAAUCUCGUUUACAGACUUUUAGAGAAGUCGUCAAGCCUGCUUGCUAUAUUUAAGUCAUAAUGUUAGCAAGACGAUCGAGGUAUUUGACAAGACAAGUGCUCAAUUCAUGUUUGCUUGUUAGAAGUAUCAGAAAUGCAAGUCAUGGAUACAUCGGUACCGCUAAUGUUUCUGUCGACAAGAAAACAUCAUUGGCCGACGAAGCGGUUUCUGUCAGCAUUUCAGGUCUUAAAGCUUUUCAGAAAAUAACGUUGCACGCAUUUUCACGUCUACAGAGCGGGUCAAUAUUUGAAAGCUUUUCGCAUUAUAUUGCUGAUGAAUCAGGAUGUAUCAUUCUGAACCAACAUCCUUCGCACGGUGGAAAUUUCGAAGGAAUAGAUGGAAUGGGUCCUAUAAGUCAUUUGGUAUCUUCUCCGUUAAGUAAGCGUAAAUAUGAACGCUUCAUGAUAAAAGAACCAAAGACACCAUUUACUGUCGAUUUUCGUACAUAUGAUAACUUUUGUCAUUCGCUCGAAUCAAUCGCCGAUCAAGGUUUGGCGAAGAACCCAACAAAUUUGUCUAUCGAAAGAACAUAUAUGUCCCCAAACGUGCAGGAAAUUAGUAUUUGGGAAGGAAGGGUGAGGGCAACUCUUUAUCUCCCUGAAGGAAAUGGGCCUUUUCCAGGUGUGAUAAGCAUGAGCGGAGGAUUUCCGGGUGCCAUGAAAUUCAAGGCCGCUCUACUGGCUUCUCGUGGAUUUGCAGCAUUAGCUUUGAAAUAUUUUGGUGAAGAUGAUUUACCAAAGGUAUACACGAGUGGAGAUAUAGGCUACAUUGAGGAAGCUUGUAUUCUCUUACAAUCUCAUCCUAAAGUUGACGGAAGGAAUGGUGUUGGUAUAAUUGCCAAUUGCUUUGGUGGUCUUAUCGGUUUAGCAACUGCGAGUGUUGUCCCUGAAAAUCUUGUCAGAUGCGUCACCACAAUCAACGGCUGGCCUUUCAUCCUUGAAAAAUUCCGAUAUGGCGAUGAAAAGUGGUCAACAUCAAAGAACUUCAAGAAAACUGUAAAUGUAGAUAAAGACGGGUUAAUACAAUGGUAUUUCGAUUACAAACCUGCGGCAAAAGAAGGAAUAAUUGAUAUUCACGAUAGUGACAUAUUUCAAUUUUACAGACGCCGUAACACAUCAUAUAUGUUUGUAGUAGCGGAAGAUGACACAUACGUGUCAUCUGAACUAGCUCUGAAACAUUUGAGGCGGAAGUUGGAACAAUCGGGCCAUCCGGAUUGCGAGAUUUUAUUUUAUCCAAAAGCAGGACAUUUAAUCGAGUAUUCGUAUCACCCCCACACUGAUGUAGCAUGGACUUUAGGCGAACCUCAUAAAGUGGGUGGUGUGCAACCACAUCACGCUAAAGCACAACAAGAUUCAUGGCCAAAGAUACUAGACUUUACAUACGAAAGACUGGUUGGAAGACCGCGUCCCCGCCGUUAAUUCUGAAGAGUUUCAAAAAUAUUUUUGUUUGUAGUAUAUAUCGUGCAGACUUUAUAUGCCCCGCGUUAUGGUCGCGUUACAACUUAUUUUUCAUUUAUAAAAACUAUAACAUGUUAUCAUCACCAUAAAUGAAUAUAUAUGAAUUAUAUUUA